AUGUCGUCGCAUAUUGAGUCCCCAGUACGAGAAUCCAAGAAUUCAAUUGAUGAUUUAUUUGGAGGGGCAGAAGAGGCGGUAGACAACCACGAUGAUGAUGAUUUUUUUGCAUCAAUUCAACAAAAUCAUCCCAUAACUCCAUAUGAUCAGCAGGAGAACUUGAAAAUUGAUGAUAUAAGUUACCCAGAUGAGGGUAUAAAUAGUUUGAGUGGUGGCGGAGGUGCUAAUGAAAAGGAAUCACAUGAUGAACAUUAUUGGCCCGAUCAUGAAAGUCACGAACAACCAGCAGGUCAUCAAGAGCAACCACAAGAGCAACCACAAGAGCAACCACAAGAGCAACCACAAGAACAUGAAGUGCCUGGUUUUUUGCAGCAUAACAAUGAUGACAACGGCGAGGAUGAUUUUUUCAAAAGCCUUACGGUGCCUCAACCAAAAGAAGUCUUCCGAAGUAGUAUUGAUACAACUGAGCAUAUAGAAGUUGCACCACAAGAAGAACUAGGAGAUACACAACAAUUAGCGACAGGCGAGGAAGAUCCACGUUAUAGCGAGCAUGAAGAUCAAGCAUUUGCACAGGCAUUAGAGUUGGGUAAAGAAGAUCAACCUGAAGUUAAGAAAAGCAAUGACAAUGAGGAUAAUGGUGAAUACUAUAAAUUGCCGCAGUCUCCCCCACGGGAUGACCAAAGUGACGUGAAUGACAAGGAUUUGGACAACGAUAGUUUAUUUAAUGCAUCUCCUAUUGGCGCAUCUGAAGAUAAAGAUGAGUUGGACUUCCUAUUGAAUGAAAAUCAUGAGCAUGAGUUAGGAUCUGUGCAUCUGGAUCACGUGCAAUUGGAGACCCAAAAUACACCGGCAAUUCAUGUGGGAGAGGAAAAGUCUUCUCCAGAAGAACAAGAACAAGAUAGAUCAAAACAUGCAGGCCAAAGCAAAUCGGUCGAUCCCCAGAUUGAAUCCAAAUUGGAUGACUUGUUUCAGGACGAUGAUGCAGAUUUCUUCCAGAACUUGGGAACUGAGAAGGAUAUAAAUGAAAAGACCUUUGAGAAGGAAAUCAAGGAUGCUGACAAAAUCCUAACCCUGGAAAGGGAUGAAGAGGACACCAGCAAAGUUGAUGAUAGCCACAAAGAUGUGGCAAAUACAGAAAGCCCUGGCGAGCAUAAAUCGACUGACAAACUUGCAAAUAAAUUCAAAGAUUUGGAGUUAGAAUUAGACGACGACCUUUUACUAGACGAUGACUUUUUGGACGAGCCACAAAUUGAAACCCCAUCUCAAAUUUCAGUUCAGGCGCCAGUGCAGCCUAAGUAUGCACCAAAAUCACAACAGCAACAACAACAACAACAACAAAAGCCUUCUUUGUAUGCUCAGCCCCCACAAGUUCAACAGCGAGAUACAUCCACCUUUGUGCAAGGCUUGGAAAGCUCAAAAAAGAAGAGCGAUGCAUAUGACUUCCCUGAUGAUUUGAUUGUAAACGAGGUCAAACCGGCCCCCAGACAUUCGGUGAACAAGUAUGCGCCUACAUCUGGGGUAUCACAAAGUUCUAUAAACACAUUAAAUUCGGGCUCGAAUUCUACUUUAGCUGCUACACCACAUGCGCAAGCAUCAAGUUUGUCUAGAUCUUCUUCCCAAUCACAAGCAAAGGACAAGCCGAAACCCCCACUGCAACAAAAGAAAUCUUUCUUUGAAGAUUUUCCUGAUACGGAUUUGCCAAAGCCAAAAAAAGCUGCUAGAACUGCUGCACCAGUCAAAGCUCUCAAUCAAUAUCAUCCCGUAACAUCUCCAAUCCUACAACAAGUUCAACCCCACAAUGCCCCACCUCAAACCCAGGUGCUUCCAAAGGCUAGUAAACAGCCACCGAUAAAUCCAUACAUGCCAAAAUCGGGCACGUCACCCAUUCUCCAACAGCAUGUUCCUAUUGUUGGGCACACUGGUAUUGCCAAGCCUAGUGUUAAUAUGCCGCAUGGUGAAGGUACUUCUAACCCUGCAUAUGCCUUCCCUCCAACUGGUGGGAAACCAAAUCAACAACAACAAUACCAGCCACUUCCCCACCCACCAUCUAUGCAACAAAGCCCUCUGCAUCUGAAGACUAUGCCUCCUCCAUCAAAUAUGUAUGCACCAGCUGUGGGCUCAGCGCCACCAAUGCAAUCUCAGCCACCACAACCACCUCUUCCAGUCCCACCGAUGGCUAAUCCACCUUCUGCUACUCAAGGUUCACAAAGCAACAGAAGAGCUUCAACUUCAAUAAACACAAAUGUGGGGAGGUCAGGACUGCCUAAUUCAAACAGUCCCUAUGUUCCAAAUGCUGGUCCUUAUGCUCCACUGAAUCAGCACAAGUCCCACAACCGGACAAAUUCACUCAUGGGUGGUAAGGGGAAGGAGAUCAAUCCAUACGCUCCAAUGGUAUCUCCUGCUGUUGGAGAUGGCUCUCCCUUGGUACAAAGUCAACAAAUGCAGCAUCCAACAGCUACUGCCACAGUUGUCCCACCUCCAGGACGAGUGCGUGGGUUUUCCAAUGCCAGAAACAGCAAUAUUUACAAAACGGCCCCUAAGGUUGUCAAUCCUGAAGAUUUGGUAUAUCGACAAUUUCCUGUAUUCAAUUGGAGUACGUCACAAAAUGUUGCCUUGGUAAGAGUCAAUAAAGCUUAUAAUCACCCUGUGGUUAGUGUUGAAUCGAUCACUAACUUGUGUAAGGACAAAGACUUGUAUGUAAACUUCCCUGGUCCAUUGGUCAAAGGCAAACUGAAAAAGAAGGAUAUUUUGAGUUGGUUAGGCGUGGCGGGUGAUUUCCUCCGUGCAAAUGCGUUUGAUAAUGAGGCGAUAUUGAAUGACGUGAUGGCACAACUUGUCCAUUUUGACGGUGAUUUAAAUUCACAAGAGUGUUUAAAACAAAUCUGUCUCAUCUUGAAUCCAAACAUCAACUUUAAUAUCCAAAAUUUGCCCAUGACUGGGGGAACCGCCAAUGCGUACAAGUUGGACAGUGCUAGCAUUAAUACAGUAUUUGCCUUGAUCCAAGCUGGUCACGUUGAUAAGGCUUUGGAGUACACCAUUACAAAGGGUGAUUGGUCAAUGGCCCUAGUACUUGCUAAUUUUAAUGGUGGGGAAAGCUUUGCCAAAAUUGCAUCUGAGUAUGCAAGAAAUGCAUUUCCUUUCUCAAAGGCGAAUAACAAAGUGUUGCAUAUUAUGCCAAUUCUAUUAAAGGUGCUUGCUGGAAAUGUGCAAAGUGUCAUUCAAGACUUGACUAGUGUGGUUAAUGAGGGUGAUUAUGCUGAUUUGCAUUGGAGGGAUAUUGUAUCUUCAGUGGCCAUGAUCAACACUAUAAAAUCGAAGGAGUUUUUGAUUGAGUUUGGUAAAUUGUUAAUCACUCGUGGUAAUCAAUUGGGUGGGGAAAUUGCCUUUCUAUUGGGUGGUUUACCUCUUGGUCAGCAAGGUUUCAUGGUGAUUUCAUCUGGAUCUAAUUCUAUGUACACUCAGUUGUAUGAAUACAUUUUGGUAUCUAACGCUAAGUCGGCGCCAUUACCUCACUUGUUGCCAAUCAAGUUGAAACAUGCAUCUACUUUAGCUGAUUAUGGAUUGAUAAAUGAGUCACAAAAAUACAUUGAUUAUAUCAAUACGAUCCUAAAAUCUUUAGGCAACCGGUCGCCAUUUGUUUCACAACAAUUGAUUCAAGAGUUUCAAAAUUUAAUUAUGAGAUUAAGCGAACUAGGAUCAACCGAACAAGGAGGAUGGUUUGGUAGCAAGAUGAGUAAAGUCAAUCUUGAUAAAGUGUGGGGUCAAAUUGAUAAAUUUAUUGCUGGUGACGAAGCCAAGCCCAAGAGCAAUGAUAAUGGAGUAUUUAGUAAAUUUAGUCCAGCUACAUCGAGAAAUACUUCGACUUUGGAUUUGGGUACCUUACACAGUCAUAUUUCACCAGCAAUGAGAACUCCAGAUACAUUUGAGAGAAAACCACCAGUGACACACCAUGCAAGCUUCCCAAUUGGUGCCACUGGUGGUAGUACUAGUGCUGCAGUUGCUCCACCUUUGGUAUCACAAUUAUCGUCUAGUUCUAUCAACAAAUAUGCACCUCCAAACCUAGCGGCUAAUUCCUCCUUCCAGAAUAAUGCUAUAGCAGGAGGGGGAGGUGCUGCUGCUACUGCUGCUGCUGCUAAUACUUCAAUUGGAGCAAUUCCUCAUACUGCUGGUCCUGGCUCGGACAGGUAUUCACCAUAUGUGCCAUCAGCCAGUAAUGCAUCUCAAUUCCAUCCUAUACCUGACUCAUCGCAUCAAUCGUUUCUGCAAAGCAAAGGAUAUUCGCCAUCAGGUCGUAAAACUGCAUCGUAUCCAUAUACUAAUCAAGCAGCACAAUUGUCGACCUCAUCACUUGGGUCUAUACCUCAACAGCCCAAUUUUCAUGGCAAGACUAACUCGAUAUCAAGUGUAAUUUCCGGUGAUGCUUUUCAUCAUAAUAAUGCUACACCAGUUGGCGGUAGUGGUGGUAUUGCCACUUCCGGACACCCCCAUCGUGCACCAGAACAGCCAGCCGGUGCGACAAAUGUGCAGAAUGACGAUGACCGGAUUGAAACUAUUAAGGAGUCACCUGAGUUGAACCCCAUUCUGCAACCCCCACUGUUGGAGGUGUUGCAACAUCAACAAAGCACGACGACAUCGAAACCUCCGACCAAGAAACUGCCUCCACGUGCCGAAGAGACAGUAGAACCUGUUGAACCAGCACAAUCAUCUGCUGUGGCUACUGAAAGUAGCAAAGUGGUCGAGCAAAUUGCCGAACCAGCUGGACCAAGUAAAACUGAUCCAAUAGAUGCAAUUCCACCGCCUCCUGUGCUAAAAACCAAAUCGGCACCGCCUACUGCGAGAGCUAAUCCAUAUGCUCCUAGAAGUGCAGCCAAACCGGCCUCUAGAAGAAACAAAUAUGGUCCAGCAGUUGCUGCUUCGUCAAGUAACAAGUACGGUCCUGGAGGAAACAGUGAAGGUGGCAACAAAUAUGGACCUCCAUUAGUGCCAUCGGUUGAGAAAAAUGGAAUACCUACAGGAGAUAAAGAACUGGAGCCAACAGGAGUCCCACCUGGACCUGCUGCUCAACAGCCACCAACUAAUAUCGAUUCAAGUUUUGGUAUUUAUUCGGAGCCCACAAGAGACGAAUCCAAGGCAAUUGAACAUGAUGGUUUAGCUCCAUCAGAGAACGAGCCACCCAAGGCCACCGUUCCUGGUAUAGAUGAUAGCUUUGAAGAGCCCUCACUUGCCGAAUCAACAUCAAUAUUACACACUCCACGAGCAAAGCCCUUGAACUUGAACCAAGGGCGUGGUUAUGACCCAACGAAUACUCCAGGACCAAACUUUAUGAAUCCAGGAUUUGUCAGUACUGAUACUAAUACAAACCGCGGUGGUGCCGCAUUGGAUGGAUUUCCGAUCCCGGGAAGUCCUGAAUCCACUACGCGUGCCAAUUCCGUAUUUGGUGGCACUCAUGGGCCCUCGCAUGUGGGAGGUGGUGGUGGUUUGUUUUCUUCUCGAUUAAGUCAAUCGCAACAAAGUGCGUUGUACCAGCAGUAUGAAGUACAAGAUGAUACUGUACGUGAUUAUGUGCCAGUAAUUGAAGAAGAAGAGGAUGAAGAUGAGGACGAUGGUGAUGCCAAGAACAAGAACAAGGCGAAGCAGAAGAUUGCUGAAAAAGAGGCCACGGCCAAAGCCGAAAGGCAAAAACAGGAAGCUGAAGCGGCAAAGGAACAAGAGAAGAAAAGGCAGAAGCAAAAACAAGGAAAGGAUGGUUGGUUUAAUGGUUGGUUGGGAAAGAAUGAUGGUAAAGAAACACCAACAAGGGCUCAUUUGGGAAAUAAAAACACAUUUUACUAUGACGAGAAACACAAGAGGUGGUUAGAUAAAUCAAGACCAAUUGAAGAACAGUUGAAAGAGGGCCAAGCUCCACCGCCCCCACCUGGUAUGAAGCGGAAACCAGCUGGCCCAUCGGCUCCUGUUGGCUCUAAUGCACCAAAUAGUGCACCACCUCCUGCACCAGCAUCAGCACGGCCAACGUCCCUGUCGUCCGCAUCCUUACCUAAUGCUAGUUUGCCACCGGCGCCUGAUUCAUUGGCACCUACCCCUGCUUCCGAUAAUACAACGGGUCAAUCUAGCUUAACUACACCUAGACCUACACCUGCGCCUAAAGCGAAAUCAAAAGCUAAAUCAGGUGGUGGAACCACCAACUUGGCCAAUGCUGGAUUGGAUGAUUUGUUGUCGUUGAGUGAAGGCACUGGAGGCGGUGGUGGACGUAAGACUAAACGAGCAGGACGUAGAGGGUAUGUUAAUAUGAUGGACAAGUAA